GGAGCGGCAGCUGCGCAGGCGUUGCUCGCACCCUGUUGAUUAGUCAGUGCUGGGAUGGCGCUUCCUGGGCCAGGCGAGGCGGCGGCGACGGUGGCGGGCGGCCCCAGCCGGUCCCGGGGGGCGGCGGCGGGAGCAGCAGCAACCACAGCAGCAGCCACCCUGCGGGUUUCCCGUUCUGCCUAGCCCGGCAUGUCCCGGGGCGGCCGGCGCUGAGCGAGGCGGGGUCGCCCCGUCCUUCCCUCCGUCCCUCCCCGCUGGCUGCAGCCCCACCGGGUGGGAGCACCCCGCCGGCGCUGCCCGUCUGGCUCCCCUCCCAUUCCUCCCUCUCUUCUUGCCCUCCCCGGGCCGGGAAGAUGGACCCCGGCCCUCCGUUGGGCUGCAGCCUGAAGGACGUGAAGUGGAGCGCAGUGGCCGUGCCCCUGAACCUGCUCGUCAGCACCUACCGGCUGCCCCAGAUCGCCCGGCUGGACAGCGGUGAGACUGUGGAAGGCCUUCGAGAGAGCGACUACCUUCUGAUUCACUCCUGUCGGCAGUGGACGACAAUCACAGCUCACAGUCUGGAGGAGGGUCACUACGUCAUAGGGCCAAAGAUAGAAAUCCCUGUGCAUUAUGCAGGGCAGUUUAAGCUGCUGGAACAAGACCGAGAUAUUAAGGAGCCAGUGCAGUAUUUUAACAGUGUGGAGGAGGUGGCUAAAGCAUUUCCUGAACGAGUUUACGUCAUGGAGGAAAUAACAUUCAACGUUAAGGUGGCUUCAGGUGAAUGCAAUGAAGACACUGAGGUUUACAACAUUACCCUUAGCACUGGGGAUGAGCUCACGCUCAUGGGGCAAGCAGAAAUCCUUUAUGCAAAAUCUUCGAAGGAGAAGUCACGCCUCAACACCAUCUUCAAGAAAAUCGGGAAGCUCAAUUCGAUCAGCAAGCUGGGCAGAGGCAAGAUGCCCUGCCUCAUCUGCAUGAACCACAGGACCAACGAAAGCAUCAGCCUCCCUUUCCAGUGUAAGGGCAAGUUCAGCACCCGCAGCCCGCUGGAGGUGCAGAUGCAGGAAGGGGAGCACACGAUUCGCAACAUCGUGGAAAAAACCAGGCUGCCUGUGAACGUGACCGUGCCCAGCCCCACGCCACGGAACCCUUACGACCUGCAUUUCAUUCGCGAGGGGCACAGGUACAAGUUUGUCAACAUCCAAACCAAGACCGUGGUGGUUUGCUGCGUGCUUCGCGGCAACAAAAUUAUCCCCAUGCAUUUUCCCUUGCACUUGAUGCUCCCAAAAUUCACCCUCCCCGACAGCCUGGUGAAGGGGGAGCUGUGGCAUGAAACCCUCAUCCAGCACUGGUUUAACGUUUGCCAGGAGCAGUUCGACAUAGAUGAGUACUCCCGCGCCGUGCGAGACGUGAAGGCCGACUGGAACGAGGAGUGCAAGAGCCCGAAGAAGAGUCGGUGCCCAGGGCACAGCCACGUGCCCAGCUCCCUCAGCUACGCACGGGACGAGCUCACCCAGUCCUUCCACCGCCUCUCCGUCUGCGUCUACGGCAACAACCUGCACGGCAACAGCGAGGUGAACCUCCACGGCUGCAGGGACCUGUGCAACGAGUGGGCCCUCUUCUCUCACGACGCUCUGCAGUACCAGGAGUCCGGCGACAGCGGCAGCGAUUACCUUUUCCCCGAAGUUAGUGAGGAAUCGAUGUUCCUGCCUGCCAAGCCAGAACUUCCUUACGAAGAGCUGUGGUUGGACCAAGGGUCUGGGAAGGCUGGAGAGCAGCCUCUCACUCGCUCGCUGAGCGAGAAGAGCAAAUGUGACAACUACAGAGGCUCUUUCCGAUCAAAGUGUGGUCCCGCGUCUCUUCCCGUGCCUGCGACUGUUGGAGCAACCACGAAGUCUUCAGAUGUUUCCCUACCUCCACCUCCAGUGCCUCCCAAAUCAGAAGCAGUAAAAGAGGAAUGCAGGCUCCUGAAUGCUCCUCCUGUCCCACCACGGAGUUCCAAGCCGUCCUCCACCAGUCCUUCCAUCCCUCCUCGCACAGUCAAACCUGCACGCCAGCAGACCCGCUCUCCUAGCCCUACUCUGUCCUACUACUCUUCAGGACUGCACAACAUCAGUGUCGCGGAGAGCGACAGCCCCGACCCCGCUGACAGCACACCUGUUUCCUGCUACCCUUGCAACAUGAUGAAACCUGAGUCCAAAGAGCCCGAGAGCACCAUGCCUUUGGGAAGCCCCUCAAGUGAAGCUCUGCCUUCCAGGUUAUCUUGGCCAAACCACUUGUCAGGAACUGCUGAAGGCCUGAACAGGAGUGACUUCCUGCUCGAUCCAAGCAGGAGCUACAGUUACCCCAGGCAGAAGACUCCAGGUACGCCAAAGAGAAACUGUCCGGCACCUUUGACUUUUGACUUCGAUGGGUGUGAGCUGCCGGCAGGGUACUCCCCGCUGACCCCGGCAGAGUUCACAAACACCAUCUCCAGCUGUCCAAAGUCAGCAAGUUACUCUCUAGACUGCACUGAUGAAAAAACUCUUGGAGUCAGCAGCACGAAGCAGAGCCAUUCGUGUCCUGCCUUACCUCCUCGGGCGCCGAAGUCAGCCGAAGAGAAGACAGUUACAGACACGAGUCCCUUGCCGAUGAAAAUAGAUGGUGCUGAGGAGGAGUCAAAAACUAGUUCUCCAGACCUCCUGGAAGAUCAGUGUCUCAUGAAAAAGGGCAUGCAGGAUACAUUCUCUGUGUCUUAUCCUUUCUCAUCUCCCCUUCACCUCCAGUUAGCACCGAGGUCUUGCGGGGAUGGCUCUCCCUGGCAGCCACCCACAGACCUUUCAGGACUCUCAAUAGAGGAAGUGUCUAAGUCUCUGAGGUUUAUUGGUCUGUCAGAAGAUGUCAUAUCAUUUUUUGUUACAGAGAAGAUUGAUGGCAAUUUGCUGGUUCAGCUUACAGAAGAAAUCCUGUCAGAAGACUUUAAGCUAAGCAAACUGCAGGUGAAGAAAAUCCUGCAGUUCAUUAAUGGCUGGCGGCCCAAGAUGUGAUGCCAACUGCUCAUUGGUGGAACUGUACGAGAUGUGCUCGGUGCACUUCAGCUAAUCCAUCACUUCCUGGUUUUUGCACUAAAAGCCCUUCCUGUAAAUAGUAGUAGAAAAAUCCUUACUAUGCAGAUAAACAUUUUUGAGUGGUGAAUGGAUAUUCUUCUUGUUAUUUUGGUUUUGUACGUCAACAAUAAAAGGUAGAGAAUCCGCAGAGGUGUGCCUUGCGCAUCCCUGAACGUUCAACAGCUGCUAAAAAACUGGACACUAAGGGAACUUUUACUCUCUGUUAAGACUGAGACUUGUAUUUAUUACUGAACAAUUUGAUGCUGAAAGACACACACACCAACCCAGUUUACAGUUUUGUGCUAACUGCAAAGCAAAAAACCAACAACCAACAACAUGUGUUUCUUACGGGAUUAUUUCUGUUCAGAUAAUGGUUGGCAACAUGCUGCGACUCCCUUCUUUCUACUAACACAAGCAUGUUCAGCUACACAAAAAAAUGUCAUUUUGACACUACAUCUGAGAGUGUUCAGAAUUGCUGUGAAGUGCCACUAACACACUCUUCUGGCAGCAUAUUUUUGUUAACAGUAUCUUCCUGACUACCUGUAACGUGGCGACGUUCGCCACGCUACUUUGAGCAAAAAGAGUUAAAUGUCUUUAAAACAAGAGUCUUGCUUAGCUCAUUGCCUAGAGGGGAGGGAGAAGGGGCAUUUUCCUACUGAGCCACCCUGCCCUAGCCAAUUAAAAGUUUAUGACCUGUAGGUUUCAAAAGUUGCUUUUGUAGUCGGGUGGCUGGAGCAAGGAAUGUGAUUUCUGGUUGUGCAGCUUUGUCAUGGGAAAGGCAAUUCAGUGCACAGGCUCUUCUCUCAGCAGAUCCUGCUAGCACAGCCCUUGCUGUAGCCUUGCUCUGUGUCUGAUCUGGCAAAGUUAAUGUUGGGGGGGAAAUUUCAACCCAGCACACUGGCAAAAGACAACCCCUCAUGUCUCUUCUGCUGCUGUUACAGUCAUCUGAAAACGUGCUCUGUGUGCUCUCCUGUUCCUGCUGUCGGAUUGGGGAUUGGACGUGGCACUUGGUGCCAUGGUUUAGUCGUAAGAUCUGUGGUGACAGGUUGGAUUUGAUGAUCUUUGAGAUCUCUUCCAACCUUGGUGAUUCUGUGAUCUGUGUGGGAAGGUGGUAGGGCUCCUGUAGGAUGCCUUUGAAAUAAAGCAUUAGUGAGGUGGGAAGGAACACAAGCAGCACAUGGCACGCUGGUGAGGAGGGGCCAAGUGAGGGUUUGGGCCAUGCUACAGGAAAUGCUUGUGGUGUUUAAGCUCACCUGUCUGGUUUGGAGUGAGCCAGGAGAGGGUGUGUAGCAGUGGAAGGGACUGCAGCAUCAUCAGUUAGUGUGCUAGUUCAGUUGCCCAGCUCCAAAAACUCAGGCAGUAGAUGUGACAAGGAAGGAGCAAUCAAAAGGGAGCAAAGAGGUGAGAAGGAGGCAUUAGGCUGCCCAUGGAGACCUUUCUAAUUAAACUGUUCAGAAAGCUAGAAAUAGGAUUAACCUUUGAAAGUCCAUUGUGAAUUUCCUGUGCUUGGCAGGACUUCCAAAGUGUGUCUAAAUAACCCCAGGUCCCUCUGCCUUUGUGGUACUGAAUGCAAGGAUUUGUGGAGGUCUUCAAGGAGAGCCUGUGGUGUCCAUCAGCAAGUGUGCCACCCCAGGAUCCUCCAGUGGUCAGAGCCAGGGAUGCCAGGGCAGCUUCAGCAUCCCCUGCUGCUGAGCAGAGUCCUAGCCAAGGUAACACCAUCACCU